UCCAGCACAGUCAGCAGCGGGGCCCUAAGCUGCUCACUGAGGCGCCAGUGCGAACAAAUCCACCACCAGCAGCAACCGGUUUGUCACAUGACUGGCGUGCAGCGCUGCCUGUGUGUGUGUGUGUGUGUGUGUGUGUGUGUGUGUGUGUGUGUGUGUGUGUGUGUGUGUGUGUGUGUGUGUGGUUUUUAUUUCCGCGUUCACAGAGGGAGAGCUGAACUGGAUUCUGCGGCCGCUGUGUGUCUGCCUUACGCGUCGCGAAACUGAGUCUCCGUGCGGGGAUCUGUCCGGCGGGGGGGAAACUCACGCAUUCGCAUCGCUUGGACCCACGCGCUGCAGGACCAUGCUCACGCGGGUGAAAUCAGCGGUGGCCAAUUUUAUGGGAGGUAUGAUGGCCGGUGGCCCCAACGGUGACCAUCCCGGCGGCUCGGAUCUGCCGCUGAAAUUCCCGUACAGCAGACCGGAGUUCCUGGGACUGUCGCUGGACGAGAUAGAGUGCUCGGCGGAUCACAUUGCGAGACCAAUCCUCAUACUGAAGGAGACCAAGCGGCUGCCGUGGUCCACCGGCUACGCAGAGGUGAUCAAUGCAGGAAAGAGCACAUUAAAUGAGGACCAGGCAUGCUGUGAGGUGCUGGUGGUCAAAAGGAGAACAGCAGGAAGCUCCACGCCCAAUCGGACCCCCAUGGCCCGCAGGAGGUCUUCCUUGCCCAAUGGAGAGGGUUUGGGCCUCCGGGAGUGCCUGGACAGCUCUGAAGACCUAACCUUGCAUUAUUGGGCGUUGUUUGAUGGCCAUGCUGGCUCCGGGGCGGCUGUAGUGGCGUCCCGCCUUUUGCAUCACCACAUCGCCCUGCACCUUCAGGAGGUGAUGGAGAUCCUCUGCACUCCGAACCUGCUGCCCCCCACAUGCCUUGGGGAGGAGCCUAUCAAUCACCACCUCACCCCGACAUCCCAACGCGCCCUCACUAGGGCCGCCUCGCUCCGCGGCGCUGCGGGGGCUCCCGGCUCACCCAGCACCCCACCCGCGCGCUUCUUUACUGAGAAGAAAGUUUCCCACGAGAGCCUGGUGAUCGGAGCCAUUGAGAAUGCUUUCAAAGACAUGGAUGUGCAGAUAGAAAAGGAGAAGGCAGUCUACAACAUCUCAGGUGGCUGCACUGCUCUGGUGGUCGUCUAUUUGCUUGGGAAGCUCUACGUUGGGAACGCUGGGGACAGCAGAGCGAUCAUUAUCCGGGCCGGGGAAGUCAUCCCCAUGUCAGCAGAGUUCACACCGGAGUCAGAGAGACAGCGACUGCAGUUUCUGGCCUACAUGCAGCCCCACUUAUUAGGGAACGAGUUUACACAUCUGGAAUUUCCGAGGAGAGUCCAGAGAAAGGAGGUGGGGAAGAGGAUGCUGUACCGUGACUUCACCAUGUCGGGAUGGGCAUAUAAAACCAUCGAGGACGAUGACCUAAAGUUUCCCCUGAUCUACGGCGAAGGGAAAAAGGCUCGUGUGUUGGCGACCAUCGGGGUCACCAGAGGUCUUGGGGACCACAAUCUCAAAGUGCACGACUCUAACAUCUACAUUAAGCCCUUCCUGUCCUGCUGCCCAGAGGUCAAAGUUUACCCUUUGGCGCAGUGCGAGCAUGGAGCUGAUGACGUUCUGGUGCUGGGAACUGACGGACUGUGGGAUGUCCUCUCUAGCCAGGAAGUAGCUGAAGCUGUCACCUGUUUCCUGGCAAACUGCGACCCCGACGACCAGCACAGGUACACAAUGGCAGCUCAAGAUCUCGUAAUGAGAGCGCGAGGGGUGCUGAAGGAUCGAGGCUGGAGGAUAUCCAACGACAGAUUAGGCUCUGGAGAUGACAUCUCUGUCUACAUCAUUCCCCUCAUGUAUGGCAACAAGCAGAACUAGCCAAGCUACGAAACUACAACCACCACCGAAACAUAACCCUGCCUUGACCUCCCAACUUCACUUCUGCAGCUUCCCUCAUCCCUUAUGCUCUUUUUAAAGUGCUUUAGUGUGGACUUCUUCCUCCGCUGAGGGAGUUAAGAUGUUUCUGGUCAGAGACGGGAUUUCUGUCCAGGCUGUUUUCCCCUUGAUCAUCCUCAAUCAGGAUGAUCUCUUUUUUUCGUCCAUUUAUCUUUUAUUUUUUUUCUUCAAUCUCGAGGAAGCCAUCUGAAUCUUGUUGUGGGGCAAUGCCUAAGGCUGAGAGCAUGGACUCUCAUAGAUGAGAUGGUGACGUACAUCUCAGGAUUGCUGUUACUAAUUAAUGCACAAUAUUUAUAAAUGUGUAAAUGUAAAUACUCCAAGGCGUAAGACAUUUGAUAAGUGUGUUUGGUUGAACACCUGUACAGUGUAAAAAACCUAACCUGAAGACUGAUGUCCUGCAUAUAUGUAUCAUACCUCCUCUGUCCCAUGUAGAGCUUUUAAAUUAGCCAGGUUCAGUCAUGUGCAAUUGUUAGUAUGUUGUCCAAAGGAGAAAAAACAAACGUGUAAGCCGUCUCUAGACAGUAUGUCUGCUGGUUCUCCUACUGUUGCAGUUUCUAUUUUUGCUCAUUUGCACCCCUUGCAUAGCAAUACUGUACUUACUAUUAAGGAAAAAAUGCUUCCUUUGAAAAUGAAGAAACACAUUUAUGAAGAAUACACUAACAGGAGGAGUCACCCUCAAGAUUUUGCUGUCAGCUACACGUGGCCCUGUUGACAACAUAUUGUCAUGCUAUUAAAUCUAGCCCAGCUUUUACAUUAAUUCAGAUUUAAGAAGGAAAGACACAGAAGUCUUUCUGUUGCACUUAUUCACCCUCAGCCAUCUACCUCAUAAUUUUCGUCCUUUUAUUGCAUUACACAUAACAAAUGUAGUCGUCGUCCUCUGAGUGGCUGUUUGCAUGCUACAUCAGGUGCAUCAUCACCUGCUACCUGUGCCAUUAUUAGUUACAUUGUCGUACUUUGCUCCUGUACCUGCAAGAUUUUUUUUUAAAACGUCACCCAGGGAACUGCACGAUGGGUAUACAGUUGUACAAAAAAAUGUAUUUUUGCACAACAGUAUAUAUAUAUAUAUAUAUAUGUAUAUAUAUAUAUAUAAUCUCAAAAAUCCCAUCGUUUACCUUUUCUUAGUAUCAGUUGGAUAUAUUGUCCCUAUUAAGAUAAGCCCAACCUUAUGAAUAGCAGGUGCCUCUUGAAAUUUGCAUUUGAUUUUUAACAUGUGUCACUUAAAAGGAAGUAUAAAUAAUGCUAUCAUUGCAGACAAUUGAAUAGACAACACUAACCUUAUGUGUCUCUACAAUCAGUAGUGUUCCCCGAUUCACUGACCUUCCACAUUUUAGUUCAUUAAGUUUCAGUAGUCGUAGUUUUCAGCUUCUACUAAUUGGGCACAAAUAUUGUCUUAACUGCUGUACGAGUGGCUGAAACUGGUGAAAGAUGGAACAGAGUAACUUCGUUUAAAUGUAAAAAUGUAAAUAACGUUUUCAUUGGACACUUCUCUCCUUUCAGUUACUGUAAGUGAUGUAUAUCUUACUGAAACAAAAGACGUUAUUUGUACUGUUUUGGAAACCUAGAACAGUGUAAAAAAUGGUUUACAUGCUCACUUUUCUGCUCUAUUAAAAAUAAAGUGACAAUUUCUGAUCUUUUAA